AUGGAACAAGUUGAGGAACAAAUAAUAUAUGCUGCUGAACUGGAUGCAGAGUUGGAGCAACCAAAGAUAAUUGAACAUGAAUUCAACGAGGAUGAAGUUUUUCAACAACAUCAACAACAACCUGCUGAUGCGCCACAAAUAGAGAAUGAGCUCAAGGAGCAAGUGGAAGUGGAUGAGGAGGAAGAGGAAGAAGAAGAGGAAGAGGAUGAACAACCAGAAGUACAACAGCAACAACAAUCUGAUAAAGUUGAUAUUGUCAAGGAGAUUGAAGAUGUGAUAGUGGAAGAACAUGUUCAAGAUAUUGUUGUUGAUGAGUGUCACUCAAAGAAACGUGCAUUGGAUGUUGUUGAGGAGGCGGAGGAUGAUGAUGUCGAGGUUGAAGACAAAGAUGAGUUGGAAUUGAAGAAGCGUAGAUACACCAAUGGUGAAGCUUCAAGUGGAGACAACAUCAUCAACAACAGUUCUGUUUCAAUCCAAGUGGAUCAAUCAAUUUAA